GCUGUGCCACCUCGGACGUCCCUCGAAAUUCGCUUGGGGUGGGGAUCAUUGCGGAAAUGCACUGUUUCUUUUUUUACUUCCUAGGCUUUUUGGGUUUUGAAUCGACAAUCCAGGCGUCCCACCCGGUUGAGGGCAGCUGGAGUUCGGUCCUGCCCGGACAUUUGUUGAUUGCGAUUGCAAAUGAUAAUUCUGCUUGGCACCUAGGUCAUUAGGCCAGACUCAUACGAAGUCCGCUUUGUGAAUCGUCCUGGGAAUUGAAGCUGGCAGCGCGGAGAUAGGGAGUGCCUUUUUGAUCAGCUCAAUGCGGUGGGGUGGUACUAAACGCCUGCUGAUAAAGAUAAAUCUCUUAGUCAACGUUGUGCAGGAUCGACCGAGAGAGGGCUGUAUAUCCAAGAACGUGACAACAGGGUGGUCGAAGUCGGAGCCUUGGAACAGACGCUGAUUGCGUUGGGCGGGCCGGUUUCUCGACGUUGGUUAGUGGUGGAUACAGCGGGUUGCGGAAGAGAUUGAGGGUCGAGAGGCAGUCCGAGGUGAACCUAAGUGCGCGGAAGACGAGGAAGAAGAAGUAGCUUGCAGCUACAGUCAUGUUGCUGAACUUAUUCAAGACCGGCACCGUUGCAUCGACACCGGCGUGCCGCAAUGGCGCUUUUGUGAGGAAGUCCAGCAGAUGCGGAAGGCCGGAGCCGCUGCAGGUGCGCGCUUCAGCGAGCGCCGAGGGGGCAGGAUGGCUGAAGUCAGCGUCGUCGAAACUCGGCAAGAUUGUCGAGAAGAAGGUCCAAGGUCCCAGCAAGGAGGGUGUCGGUGAGACGGUUACGUUCAAAGGAACGGCCGUAAUCGUGAAGAAGUUGAAGUUGUUCGACGUGAUGGAUCGCGUUGCGGACAUCCAGGACGACGCCAGUGAGCUCAGGGGAAAGAAAGUGACUUUCCAGCUUGUGAGCAGCGAGGUCGACUCAAGCACAGGGGAGCUUGUGACGAGUGAAGAGGUGACCCUCCAGGGCUGGCUCAAAAUCUUCGAUUCAAUCACGGCAGAGAAGCUCAGCUUUAAUGUGGAGUUCUCCGUGCCCAAAUCGUUCGGCGUGCCCGGAGCCAUUCUCGUGAGGAACAACCAUCCCAACGAGUUCCUUCUGGUGUCGUUCAAGCUUGACCUUUCCGGCGGAAGCUCCGCCGACUACAUUACCAACUCGUGGGUGUACAACACCGAGAAGUCGGGACCGCGUGCCUUUUUCUUCAACACGCCACUGCUGCCGCAUGAGACUCCUGCCGGGCUGAAGGAAUUGCGCGAGAAGGAGCUCAAGGAAACGAGAGGCGACGGAACCGGCAUGCGAAAUGAGACCGAGCGCAUCUACGAUUUCGACGUCUACAACGAUCUGGGAACGCCCGACGUCGACCCAAAGAAUGUUCGGCCCACCCUGGGUGGCAGUGCGGAGUUCCCCUUUCCACGUAGAAUGCGGACUGGCCGUCCCCCGACGAAAUUCAGCCCAGAGUUUGAGAGCCGGGCAGCUGACCUGUACGUCCCCAGCGACGAGCGCUUCGAUUACGUCAAGUUGAGCGAUAACAAGGCGGAUAUGGCUCGAGCUGCAGCCCACGCCAUACCGUCGAAGAUUUCUACCAAACUGAGUAGGAAAGAGAGCUGGUCCAGCAUGGAGGAGAUCAAAAACUUGUAUUCUGCACCAGGCGAAGAGGUGGGAGGAAUCAACAAUGUGUUGGGUAGCAAGGAGGAUGUGUCUGAAAAGGAUCAGCACCCGUUGCUAUUCCUGAGGGAAUUCACUUCCAAGCGUGCUGACGGCAAGGAUAACGACCUCCUGAAGUUUCCUCUUCCUCGGAUCUUGAAAGCCGAUGAGAAAGCGUGGCAGACCGACGCCGAAUUUGCCCGGGAGUAUCUCGCGGGCUUCAACCCUAUCGAGAUUGAGCUUGUCAGGGAGUUUCCUAUCAAGAGCAAACUCGAUCCUGCGGAAUUUGGUGAUCCCACCUCUGCCAUCACUGAGCAACACAUUGACGCCAAAUUGGAAGGUCUCAGCGUCGCGCAGGCCGUGUCCGAGAAGAAGCUUUUUGUGGUGGACUUUCACGAUCUUUUUCUCCCAUGGGUGGGAAGUAUCAACAAAUUAGAGAACAGCAAGAACUACGCCAGCAGGACACUUUUUUUCUUGUCGAAAGAAGGGUCACUCAAGCCCCUGGCGAUCGAGCUGGUUCUUCCCCCGAGGACUAAGGGUGGAGAGAAGAAGGCCCGGGUGUUUACGCCUCCAGCGGAUCCCUCAGAGACGGAUCACAUUUGGCAGCUCGCAAAAGCUCACGCCACCAACAAUGAAAUGACUGUGCAUCAAUCUGUCAACCAUUUUACGCGUUGCCACGCCGUCACCGAGCCCAUGAUCAUCUCGACACACCGUCAGCUCAGCAAGCUUCACCCGAUCCAUCAUCUGCUGUUCCCGCACUGCAGGCACACGUUAGAGGUGAACAGUACUGCUCGACUCAACCUCCUUCCUGCGGGGGGUACGAUCGAGCAGAUCUAUACGCCUCGUGAGUACGUCGUGCGAAUGGCUUCUGCUGCCUACCGAGACUUUUGGACAUUUGACUCAAAUGCGUUGCCGAACGACCUCAUCAGGAGGGGUAUGGCGGUACCAGACCCUAACGCUAAACACGGAGUCAGGCUUACCAUUGAAGAUUAUCCCUACGCAGCCGACGGGCUUGAAGUUUGGGGCGCCAUGAAGGCAUGGAACACGGAGUACGUUGACAUCUACUACAAGGACGACAGCGUUGUGCAACAGGAUGCGGAGCUUCAGAACUGGUACAACGAGUAUCGUAAUGUAGGCCACGCCGAUAAGAGAGACGCACCUGGGUGGAUUCCAAUGGACUCGAAGAAAAACCUAGUAGAAAUUCUGACAACAGUGCAGUGGAUUCCAACGGCCAUGCACGCCCCUAUCAACUUCGGCCAAUUUGACUACGCAGGGUUCAUGCCCCACCACCCCUGUAUGUGCCGCCGCCUGAUUCCAGAGGAAGGGAGCAAAGAAAUGGAAGAACUCCGAGCUGAUCCCGUGAAGUUCUAUCUAUCGACUAUCUCCGAUACGGACACGACAACCACAGCCAUGGCGGUAUUCGAAGUUGUGGCGGCCCACGCUCCCAACGAGGAGUACAUCGUCGAGCGAAUUCCAACUUGGACGCAGAAUGAACAGGCUAAGGCCGCAUUCCAGCGAUACACGGACAAGCUGCGAGAGAUUGACGAUUUGAUUGUGAGGCGCAACCAGGAUCCGAAUUUAAAGCAUCGGUGUGGUCCUGCUCAACUGCCUUUCGAACUUCUGCGGCCAUUCUCAACCCCUGGUGUGACGGGAAGGGGUAUCCCCAAUAGCAUCACAGUUUAGAAAAGAGAGUCCGAUAUACAGUGUAAACCUUUCUCCCGGUGGUGCCCGCUAUUGUGCAGCAGUAAGAAUGACAAAUGUGCCCAGUCCGCAACGUUUUAAAGCGAAGUGGAAUUAAUCUUGAGGCGACUUUCGAUCAUAUCUUUCCCAAAUUGACGAACAGAUGCAUUACAUUAGUGACGGAUGAGGUGGCUACUUUAAAACAUGUGUGAGAAUCCUUGCUAUGUCCAUCACAUUCUGGCAACUAAGGAAUCAAGGAAGCAUUUUAUUUCAAUUAAAUGAUGUUGAGUCUAUGGCUUGAAAGCCUUGUCCA